AUGAGCGGGCGAUUCGUGCGGGCAAGCAAAUACCGGCACGUGUUCGGACAGACGACCAAGCGUGAGCAAUGCUACGACAACCUGCGCAUCUCCAAGAAUGCCUGGGACACGAACUUGGUCAAGGCGAACCCCAGGUACCUGUCGGUGAACUGGGAGUCGGGCGGUGGCGGCGCAUUCGCAGUGAUACCGUUGGAGGAGCGAGGGAAGCUGCCAGACCAGAUCCCAUUGUUCAGGGGCCACACGGCGGGCGUCUUGGACACAGACUGGAGUCCGUUUGACGACUCCAUCAUCGCAUCCGCGUCGGAUGAUGGCAAGGUGUUCCUGUGGCAGGUCCCCGAGAACUUCACGCUGCGAACAGAUGCAGAGCAGCCUGAGGAUGUGAAGCCAGUUGGCAAGCUGAGUGGACACUCGAGGAAAGUCGGGCACGUGCUCUUCAACCCAGCGGCUGAGAACGUCCUCGCAUCCUCCUCCGGCGACUACACUGUCAAGAUCUGGGACUUGGAGAAUGGCAAGCCGAAGCUGACGCUCAAGGGCAACGACAUCUUCACUUCACUGUCAUGGAGCGCCGACGGCAGUACGCUAGUCACCGCUUCGAGGGACAAGAAGCUGCGAUUCUGGGAUGUGCGACAGGAGAAGCCGGCGCAUGAGCUGCCUGGUCACAGCGGCGCAAAGAGCAGCAGGGUGGCGUGGCUGGGUGAUCACGACCGUGUCGCGACCACUGGCUUCAGCAAGAUGAGCGAACGACAAUUGGCACUAUGGGACAGCAGAAACCCAUCCGAGCCCGUGGGCGGCUUCAUGGGACUCGACUCUGGCUCCGGCGUGGGCAUGCCCUUCUGGGAUGAUGGCAGCCAGAUUCUCUAUGUCGCUGGCAAGGGAGACGGCAACAUCCGCUACUACGAGUUCCAGAACGACAAAUUCGAGUACCUCUCCGAGCACCGAUCGCCCGAGUCACAGCGAGGCAUCGCUUUCUUGCCAAAGCGCGGUGUCAACACCCACGAGAACGAGAUUAUGCGCGCAUUCAAGACCGUCAACGAUGCAUGGAUCGAGCCAAUCUCCUUCGUGGUGCCAAGAAGAGCAGAGACAUUCCAGGACGACAUCUACCCGCCGACACUGGGCACCGAGCCUGCUGUGUCGAGCGCGGAAUGGUUCGACGGAAAGUCUGGCCUACCGCCGAAGCUCAGCAUGGAAGAUCUGUUCGAGAACCGUGAGCCUCAGAUGAUGGCACAAGAGAAGAAGUCUGCUCCUACACCUACACAAUCUGCGCCCGCGCCAGCACCCGCGCCAGCACCCGCGCCAGCACCCGUGCCAGCACCCGCACCAGCUGCUGCUGCAUCAGCGCCGAAGGAACUGAAGGCCGAGGAGACUGCUCGGCCCCCAGCCCCAGUACCCGUCACGGCCCAGUCAGGUGCAUCUUCGCCAGUCAACCGCGGUGACAUCAAGUCGAACCAGGCUUCGAUGUCUGCCAUGGCCAACAAGUUCGCUGACAAUGGCGAGCCUGACAACGACCACGACAGUGACGGCUCGUUUGAAGAGAUCCAAAAGCCAGUAGAACGACCGUCGGUGACAGCAGCACGGCAAGAAGGGAAGGUCAUGCAGUCUCCUGCAUCUCAGCCAUCCUCUGCAAAGCAGCCAUCAGACCCUGUCUCACGACAAGAAGCCAAGGUCGCAUCAGAGCCUCUGGUUCAGCCCAGCAAGACAUCGUCGGCUCCAGCAGCAGAGCCUAAGAGCCUAGCUAGCGGCGGUGUCUCUGCAUCGACGGCAUCUCCUGAAAACGAGAAAGCAGACGAGUCCGCAUCGCGAUCCGUUUCGUCCUCGACACCAGCAGCCGCAGCAGGAGGACUGAGAGACGUGCUGAACGACAUCCGAGGCAUGCUACAAAGUCAAGGCAAGCAAAUCGAGAAUCUCACCGCAGAAGUUGCCGCACUGAAGGCCAAGGUUGGGGAAUAG